AUGGAGGAAGACGACGACGCAGCGGCGGUGGAGUCGAGUAUCUCCCACCAGGACCCCCAAUCGCUCUCCACAGACUCGUUGAUGCCGGAGGUCAUGGUGUUUCGGGACGAGGAAGAGGAGGAUGAAGAGGAGGAGGAAGAAGGGGAUCCCGGCGGGCCCCGUAAAUCGCCGGCCACUGAUCGCGAUUCCUCCGACGGCAGUGGUCGGGGGCGCCCUCGAUCCACUCUGUUGCCCUCGGAGGAGGAGGGAUCAUCCUGUUCUCCCCAGCAUCGGCCGCCCUGCAUCGACCCGGAGCCCCACAUCUCCUCCCAGUUUUACACCUUCAAUCGGGAAUCUCACGCGUUAAUGGUGCGGUGUAUCCUCGAGGGCCGCCUCGCCACCGUAGACGAGAUUCGGCGUGCCACGCCGCACGGCGUCCUGAAGUCGUGGAGAUCUGUGUGGAAGGACCGGAACGAGGACACGGCGUACCUGACGGCGUGGAAGCGGAUCCAGGACAAGCUCAAUGCCCACCACGACACGAAGCAGGGUGGGGCUUUCCUCUACUUCAAGAGCAAUGUCGCCCAGUACGUUUCCCAUAUCGAGCAAUGGCAAGACAUCGUUACUUCGUUUCAUGGCGACGCCGACCUCCGACAUCUUGGUCUCAAGGACACCAUCGAUCGGAUUAAACAGGUUUGGACGGUCGGUGCCAAGUUCUAUGGCAUCCCCGAGUCUUUCAUCCGUGUUUGCGUGGCCUCCUGCCCUGUCUGCUCAGGCAGUGGUCCUGCGUCCAACUCUGGCCGGACGAAGCGUCGGCGCUUUGAGUAUACAGAGUCUUUUGACGUGCCUGCUAGGGAUGUACCCGCCCGUCUUCAGCAGCUGGCAGCGAAGCAUAAGGUUGUGCUUUGCAUCCGGCAGAAGUACAUCAGGUACAAGCCCUUCAUGGCGGAGGUGAAGGAUUACGCCUGCCACCGUGCUGGGAGCCCUCAUCGUCCUCAUCGGCGGGGAAGAAAAUCAAAGCUAUUGAAGAGAGAGCCGUACGCCUCCAAGCGGUGUGGAUGUGGGUUCAGGAUACGGGCCAUUGUGCCAAUUUCCAACUAUAAUGAAAAGGACAAGACCUUUGUUUACCAGGAGGAAGGGACUGCAGUGUUCAAGCUAUAUGCUAUACAUACAGGGCAUGAACCAGGUCCACUUGAUGGAAAUGCUAGGAUCAUCCAUCGAGUCCUUGGAUAUAAGGGAAGCGUUGAUCAAGAUCCUGUUGUGUAUGGAGUCACUGAGGAAGCCGAGCCAGAGUCCUAUGUCUCUUUGCUAGGUGAAGAGGAGAAGGAUGAGCUUCAGCUGUCCAUUCUGCAGCAGGUUCACGAACUCAGAUCUGAAGUUCGUGUUCUGGAGAGCAAGGUUAUGCACAUGCCCCGGGGAUGCUGACUUCUCUGUCUCAGGAGUUGUCCGAGAUCGUGGCCAGGGUUAGAAGUGCUAGUGCAGGAAGUAUCCUUGAUAAACCACAGCACACAGGGAGGUACCUGUGGUUGGAGAUGAAGAGCUUGGGCAUUGGGAUGGUGACCAUCGAAGUGGACACGAAAGGCUCUAUGGCAAGAGUGUGGAACUUAUAGAAGAAGAGGAUUCUAUUUUUGGGCGGACACUUCGGUCAAUGGUGCCAUGGGACAGAAUGCAGGACGAGUGUGGAAGUACAAAGGUGGUUAUGAGAGAGAGCUGCAAGGCUGACAAAUGGCUGUUGAAAGAUUGUGAAGAAUUUGAUGAGAAGAGCAUUCUAUGCUCAAGAGAGGUGGAAGACUCCAAGAUGAUAAAACCUAUAAGACAUGAUGGGACAAUGGUGACUGAUCCAAAUCUCGUCAUACAAGUAGACGGGUUCUAUACAGAAAAUGCAAAAUGGUAUGAUUCACCGUGUGGCCUGGAUACCGGGACUGACUGUGCAGAUGGGGGUUUCAGACAUGGUGGAAUUUUGUGA